AUGCCCAAAGCUUGGCAUCAGACUUUAGUAGCGGCACUCUUUGAUGGAAGCGAGAGUGGAGCAGCUCAUGCACAUGCAGAGUUCCUGUUUCCUCAGAAGGAGCUUUCGCUUCAUCUGCGGGGCCGAACUGUACAGACUUCCUUCAACGACCCCGUGCCACAGCUGGAUCCGAGAGACGCUGCCAGCCGCAUGUCGGCCGGUGUGGACGAGGCAGAUCACAAGUCAAGUGAUCCUGAUGCGGUUGCCCGGGAGGAGCAACACUUGCCGAAGGAGGCCAUUCCCUCCAGGAAGGAUUGCCCAGAGAUAACGUGCGAGAAGUGCCCCGAGUGUCCAUCAUGCCCCAUUUGCCCCUCGUGUCCGCAUGGUUUCAGGCACCCGGACGAUGAAGGCAGGCCGCCUGCAGUGGAGGGGAAGAUUGUCUGCAACCACAUGGACAACAACUGCCCAUUCUGUCCAGCCUGCCAGUGUCCGGAGUGCCCGAAAGAGUGCAGGCAGGGAAAGGUAAGCAGAAGCAGUGCUGAAGACUUGAACUCCGAGAGCACUGAUGGCGCUGGUGCCUACGAGCUACUACGCGGACCGACCACGCUGAGCGAGGCCGACGUAAGGUGCGUAACCAGGCGGCAGCUGCUGCUGCCGCCUGGCAGCGACUGGGAGCAGGAGGUGGAAACCAUGAGAUCUGGGCAUCGAUGCCGGCAUGGCUGGCCGCAAGCCCUCGUGAUGGAUCCGCUGCGCGCGUCUGGGAAGAUAGGGGAUCUCAUGCGCUUAACGUGCCCACUGUUGGUUGCUGCCAUCGAUGACUAUGAGACAACUGCCAUCGAGGCGUACAACACGCGAUUGAAGCAUGACAAGAUGUGGCGGUCUCAGCUGCUAGCCACGCAUGAGGCGCACAGAACUAUGCGUCAAAGGUUUAUGUCGGAGCGUGAGGGCAAGCUUGCCCAAGCCAGAAACGCCAUGGGAAGCCAGACGGUUGACGUGAUCAUGACAACAGGCCUGUCCAACAUGAGGUUUUCAGCGAACUCAAGUGAUGUGAAGUGCCUACAUGCGCAAGUGGCCGACGAGCUGUGCCGCGGCAACAACAUCAUCGGGCGACAGGUGCUGAUCGACCUUAUGGAGAGAAACAUUCAGGUCGACGGCACAGCACACUGCUGUGAUUUCUGCAACGUCAGCCAGCCACUCGACGAGUCGCGCUGGAUCUUUGGCCACGCUAAGAACAACCUCCGCAAGCGGGUGAACAGGGCGCCGAACGAUCCGCCGACGGUCAAAUUGGACGAGAAUGGCCAAGUGAAAGCUGCAAACGGCUUGCCUGUGAACCCGCUCGUGCAGGCGAUCAACGAUGACGUGAAAGCGCAUGCGUAG